AUGUGUAGCUUGGAGAGGCAAGGACAAGUUGCAGUUCUCAGGCUAGUUGGCGAUGGCGAGCACUGGUUGAAUCCCAAUCUUCUUAAUGACAUACUUGAAGCUCUAAAAGUGGUGCAAGACUCUGAUGCAAGAGCUCUGGUGACAACAAAUGACGGCAACUUCUUCAGCAACGGCCUGGACCUGCAAUGGGCCAAGGAAGAUCCGCCUAAACGCCUCCCAGAUCUGGUGCUUGAGAUGGAAAAGGUCGUCUUGGCGUUCAUGACGCUCAAAGUUCCAACAAUCUCUUGCGUCUGCGGCCAUGUUUGUGGCGCAAGGACCUCAAUCUCGAUGGCUCAUGACUACCAGUACAUGAGAAACGAUCGCGGCUUCUGGAUCAUGACGCCGCUGAGGAGCAACUCCAUGAGCAUGGUUCCAGGCUACGUUUCGCCGCCGGGAUCUUUCACUCUGGCCAGGCUCAAGCUCACCCCGAGAGCUUAUCGCGAUGCCUUUCUUCUCAGUCCCAGGCUCACUGCUCGUCAGGCAUUCGAGGCCGGGAUCAUCGACAAGUACUUUCACACCGCACAAGAUGCUCGCAAGGCGGCCAUGGAUCUGGCCGGGGAGCUGGCCGAUCGCAACUUCAACAAGGAUACAUAUGCGAUUGUUCGCAUGACAAUCUAUGCGGAUGCAAUCAAGGAGCUGGAUCACGAGAAGGCUCGAAUGCUCUUGUAG